AUAAAAAUUAAGUGAGCUGACAGAACAGAGCAGCUCCAGGCUUCAUCUUCUAGAGUUGAGUUUCUAACGACCUGGUUCUUUACCACAGCACAGGUUAAAAACUGAAGGGAAGAGUCAGAUUACCUGAUCUGUAACCAUGAUUGGUGAGUUGAUCAGUGUAGGUGCUCUCCUUCUUGGAGCUGUGUCAUCUCAAUUUUCACCAGAUCCAUCUUCAUCUUCCACAUUUAUCUCUGAUGAAGGACCAUGUCGGAUUUACAACUUUGGUCUGUCAGCAGACUGUCAGGGAAAACAGCUAGAUUUUGUUCCAUGGAGACAACUUCCAGUUACACUUGAAAGCAUUGACCUCUCCUAUAAUGAGCUUCAUGUUAUCAGUGCAGCUGACUUUGAGAACUUUCCUCAGCUUCGCAUCCUUCUGCUGCAGUACAACAACAUUUCACACAUUGCCAAUGAGGCUUUUAAAAAUAACCCAUUACUGGAGCAUCUCAACAUUUUUAAUAACUCAUUGCAUGAAAUUCCCGCUUCACCUCUGACGUCCCUCCUCAAUCUGAAGGAGCUCUCCAUGUCAAAUAACCUUUAUAGACAUGCAACUUUAGCAGAGAGUUUCUCUAAAUUAGUCAGACUCAAAGUUCUGUCCUUGGGUGGCCCUUUGGUGAUGGGACUAAAGAAAAAUGAUUUUCAGCCCCUAAAAAACAUCCAGUUGCAAGAUUUUGCCAUCAAGUGCUCCUCUAAUUUAAGUUACUACGAGCCAGGAAGCUUAGAAGUCAUCCACACAAAACGGAUGGGCUUUGACAUGGCGAUCGAUCAACGACCGAAUGCUCUCCAUCAUAUGCUACGUGAUCUCGCCAACAAGACACUCAUUGCCAUUCAAUUCCGCAACCUGUUUGAAUUCACAUACUACAUGGGUGAUGAAGAUAUUUUCCUGAACUUAAAAGACAUUAGAGCAUUUCAGCUCAUCUUUCACAGAGGCAAGUUUAACGAAAAUCUCCUGAAGAUGGCAUUACUGAACUUACAAGUGACUCCCAUCAAACAGCUUAGACUUCAGUACAUCGACUUUGCCCGUUCACCAACAUUUGUCGACAGUGGAGCAGGUUCUAGCAUAACCAAGCUGAGUCUGGAUAAGUUGGAUCUUUGGUAUAUCAGCAAUCCUGAUGUGCUGCGAUUUGACUGGCGCUUCACCUGGUUCAAGAGAAUAAAGCAGCUGUCAAUCCAGUAUGUGUAUUUCAGCAGUGUGCCUUGUGACUCCUGGGACGAGAUGGAAGGUGUGGAGUUAUUAGAUGUUUCAAACAAUCGAUUGAAUGAUUAUGUUCUCUACAACAAGCGAUGUAAUUACGAAGGUUCCAUGCCAAAUCUUCUCACCUUCAACCUAAGCACCAAUGCGCUGACCAGUCUAGAAGACCUAUCGUCUCUGACAAAGCAGUUCAGGAAGCUGCAGGUACUGGAUCUCAGCAACAACAAACUGGGAUCUGCAAAAGAAAGUCGACACUGUGUUUGGACACAAAAUAUAACUUGUUUUAUUGCACAUCACAACUACUUUUCAAGUGAAGCAUUUCACUGUUUACCUACCACUGUUUCUUACUUGGAUCUGUCUGACUGCAACAUGGACCAGCUGGACUUGACCUACUUUAAGAAAGCCACAAACCUAAAAAUUCUGUUACUGAGUGGGAAUAAAAUUAAGUUCAUCCCAUCUAAGUGGGAGUCCCCAUCGCUUCAGUUUUUAGCUUUGGAUGGAAAUUCAUUUGGAUUGAUAAGCAAAGCAUCCUUUCAACAUAUGCCUCAACUGUCUCAGCUCAGGGCAGGAAACAAUCCUUACCAUUGCACUUGUGAGCUUCAUGCUUUUGUCCAGGAGACCAUUGCAAUUGGAAAGGUUAAUCUCACUGACUGGCCAUUGAAUUACAGAUGCUAUCACCCAGAACCGUUCCUCAAUACCUUAAUAUCCAAAUAUUUCCCUGGUCAAGUAGCGUGUGACAUCAGACUUGUUAUCAUCAUUUCUGUUGCAACCACUGCCGUAGUGAUCUUGAUAUUUGUUCUAAUUUGCUAUAUUUUUGACCUCCCAUGGUACACUAAAGCCACGUAUCAGAUCAUACAAGCCAAAUACAGGGCGCACAAGGAAAAUCUAGCAGGGGACAUUGGGAACUUCAACUAUCAUGCCUUCAUAUCCUACAGCCACUCAGAUGCUGACUGGGUGAGGGACCAGCUUUUACCCUGUUUGGAGAACAACAAGAACCCCUAUCGUCUGUGUAUUCAUGAGCGGGACUUUAUGCCAGGAAAAUGGAUCAUUGACAACAUAAUUGAGAACAUUGAAAGCAGUCGUAAGGUUAUUUUUGUCCUUUCCCGGCACUUUGUGAACAGUGAAUGGUGCAACUACGAGCUGUACUUUGCUCAGCAGAGAGCAAUGGGAAAGACCUUCAGUGAUGUCAUUCUGGUGCUGAAGGAGCCCAUUGAUCCAAGUUCCUUGCCCAGCAAAUAUUGCAAGCUCAAAAAGAUGCUGAGUACCAAAACAUACCUGGAGUGGCCCCAACAAGUCAACCAGCAGCCAUUUUUCUGGGCACAGCUGAGGAGUGUUUUGGGUAAACCCACAAUGACUCGUGAGGGAACUAACAGCAUCAGGAGUAGAAACUCAUCCGGACAAUUGUCAGGAGCUUAUUAAAACUCUUGAGAGUUUGUUGAAGAAAGGAUACCAGAAGUAGACAAACCUCUUGAGGGCAACAAAAAAGAAAUUCAAAGUGAAAUUAUUCACUGAACUGAAAUUGAACUACAAGAUCGAAAAAAUUCUAAAUAUAAUGCGGCUUUUCACAUUUCCACAAUGUCUUUUUGGCAAGUACUUGUCCAUCUUGAUAACAUCAAGUUGAUAGAAGGACCCACCACUUUCUCACUUUGCGAUGAGAGAUUAGUAUAUAGUAAUUAGUAAUGUUUAUUCUGUAUUGUAACUGUUUUAAAUGUUUUGUUCCCUCUCCAUAACAUGGGAAACAAUACUUUAUAGUUUUGGUGUUAUUGUUUUAACAGCAGCUGUCGAUUAAACUGAAAGUUACAGUCUUAACAUGAUUUCGUGAGUCAUGUUACCGAAAAACCGAUCGUGAAACUGAUUUGGAUCCGCCUCUCUGGCUGCAGCUAUUCACCGCGGAUUUCACACAAGACCUGAUUCUGUUUUCUGGAUUUUGACUCACUGGCUCCCCCUGGUUGUCAUAUGAAGUUGUUGCAGUGACACAAAAUAUUUGCGUUUCAUUGCAUCAUUCACUUGACCUCCAAAUGUCACAGCAGGCUCAGCAGAUAGACAAAUAUUGUUUCUCAGUCAGAAAAGUAACUUGUGAUGACUGAAAUUGCCAGAAAAGGAAUACUUGUUAUAAAAAGAAAAAAUAAUUUAUAAUUCAUAUAUAAUACUAAUCUAAAUCAAGGCCAGCUGCACACCAUUUUAGAGCAGUUUCUUCUGCUGACUAGUUUUAUGUAGAUAGAGAUUUAAUUUUCCAGCAGGAGUUAGCACCUACCCAUACUUGGUAUCAAUGCUUACUUGAAUAACUGGUACUGGUCAACAAACUGGUCAUCAUGCCUGAUAAAAACUGUUGAAAUUAAGACUGGAUUAUUCAGCCUCAAUAAUAGACAUUAGCUGAACACUGUUAUUAAAGCAACAUUGGCUUUCUGAAACCCAACAGCAGAAUAUUUUUUUAUUUUUUAUGUUUUUUUAAUGGAAAAACAAUGAACAAUUGCAGAUUUAUUGAAUGUACACAUAGAGCAUUUUCUGAUGUGUAAUAAUACUUUAGUUGAUUUAAUACUUGGACAAUACUUGACUUAAAUUGAACUGAAUACUUACAAAACAUAUCAAGAUAGAGAUGUACCUUACUGUACAUCUUAUUAAGGCUAUUUUUGUAAUAUAAUCUGAUAUGUAAAACCGUUCAAAAACAAAAGGGCAUGUAUAUGUUUCCAUGACUUUAAAGGGCAUAGCAGCAGAUGGAAAGCUGCAUAAAUGACCUCACUGGCCGUAUUUGUUUUAACAGCAUUCUUGUUAAGGAUAUCAGCUCCACUUUAGUCUGGUUUAACUGUUAUAAAAUGAAAAUAUGGAAAUGCAUAUGAAACCUUUACACAGAGGCCAGUGAUGCAAAUAUUGAUGCAAAUGCAAAUGUUUAAGGAUUUGAACAGCACCCUGUAUCCUUAAGUAAAGCACUGAAAGCUGCCUAAGUUGCAAAUUAUAGGAAGCCAUUUGCAAAACAGGACAUAUAAUGAAAUGAGUCAUUUUAUAAAUUGAUGUCAUAUUUUAGUAAUUUAUUGAAAAGUUUGCCUUGUGAUUUAAUUUAAGAGAACCCCACUACAAUAAUAUCAGAGCAUAAGUCUCGUUAUAAAAUGAUUAAGAUUAACUCCAAAGGUAAAAUUUCCAUAAUAAACUUGUCUGUGGGUAAAUGUUUUAUGUUCAGAAAAUUGUAAACAAGCAAGGAAAAAAAAACAUUCUAGAUAAUUAUUGCCCUACAGAAGAAAAGAGCUGCCUCCCAGGCAAAAUAAAAAUAGCCAUAUAUUAUGUUGGACUGGUUAAAUGUGACAAUGUUCUUGUUCUAACAAUACAUAUCAUACAAUAUGCUAUCUUAUUACAAGUUAUAAAUAUGUUCAUGAUCAUUCAAUAUAUUUAUAAUGUUAUAAUGUAACAAUUUACAAAUUUUUUACCUUGCAUGGGUCUGAAAAUGUCUUUUGGUUAUUAAAAAUGAAUGUAGUUCAGGUGGUGUAGAUUGGAGCUUCCUCUGCCCCUCCGGAUCCCAUUGAUACCUCAGUGGGAUCAAACUCAUUGUUCCUCCCGGAAAGAACUGUCUAGUUUUUAACUUCCUUCUCAGUUUGCACAUGCAGCAGCAGAUUUUCUCCUUGGCUCAACCCAAACAUCAAAUACAAACAGGAAAGCUUGAAGUAAUCCUUGAGACCAGGUGAUCAUGAUCAUGAUCAUGAUUAUGAUCAUGAUCAUGACCAGGGGCACAUUUAAAUCCCAGGUGUAAAUCAUGCAUAAGAGCAGGAAGCUUGUAACAUUAUACAAUCUGUAAAGGGCCCACGUACCAAAUAUAUGGCGCGCCACUAUUUGUUAUAUGCAGUGUAUA